UCACAGUACCAGAUCCUCACAGGAGCCUCACGCUCACGAAAAAACUCCCCCACCCACACACACCCUGACUCAGGCCUGGACUGGGAGAUACACUUGGCUGCCAAAUCAUAAUCAGCGCACCUCUGAGCGAGGCCUCGGUUUGCCAAACCUCUCAGACAUGGAGCUCCACAGUGUGCAUAAAACCUUCCACCACAGCCACCUGGGUGAGGAGAAGCACCAGAUGCUGAACUUGAACCGACGCCUGGAGACCUAUCUGAAUCGGGUCAAACUCCUGGAGGAGGAAAACUUGCUGCUCGCGCAGGAGAUCCAAGCUCUGAGACGCAGCGGUCACGGAGCUUCGACACGCAGGAAGGGCUUGGAGGAAGAGCUGCGGCAAACAAGGCUGGAGUUGGAUGCAGCCUGGACGGACAGGGUCCACACAGAGCUGGAGGUCGGCCGGCUGACCCAGGAGUUCCAAGCCCUGGACCUGCAGAGACAGAGGGAGGCUCAAGCCCACGUCAAGGCCAAGACAAUGGCGGAGCAAAGCAGGAAGGUGCUGGAGGAGGAACAGAGAGCACAGAUCUGGCUGAGAGAGAAGGUCAGUCAUCUGGAGCAUGAGAUGAGGCUCCUAAUUCAAACCCAUCAGGAGGAUGUGGCCCACUUGGAGGCCACAUUGAGCCAUUCCAGAGCCGCAGUGCCACCCACACGGGCUCAGAGGGGCAACCAGGCACCGAACCUCCUAGAGCUGGGGCAGGAGUACUCCCAGAGGGCCACCAGAGCAUGGCAGGAGGCAGCAGAGGCCUAUCAGGGCCAGUUAGCUCAGCUAGAGGAGUCGCUCAACCAGGCCAGAGGCCGUUUGACCCAAGUGGGCCAGGAGAAGAGUGAAAGCCAGCUGAGGCUCCGAGCCCUGGAGAAGGAGAUCGCCUCAGCUCAGGAUGUCAGGCUGCAUCUGGAGAAGAGCGCAUCCCAACAGAGAAACAAACACAGUCAGGAGAUCCAACAGCUCCAGGCACACAUAGAGGGCCUGGAGGCGGAGAAAGAGGAGGUGGGCCAGCAGAUCGACCACCUCCUCCUGGAAAACCGAGGCCUGCUGCAGCUGAAGAUGUCUCUGGGUCUGGAGGUAGCGACGUACAGAGCUUUACUGGACAGUGAGAGCAUCGGGGGAGACGUCUCUUUGUCAAAUCAGCCAAGAAACAUUUCCAUCACAGAUGCAGUGUUCUGUCCUCGGGGGGUUAAAAAGAAUUACCCAACGCAGCUGUCUGCUACCCACAAGACUACUUCCCUUUUAUCUCUCCGCACCAUAACAGCAACAGCACCAACGACAAUACCUGCAACAUCGCUCUGCAAUAGAAAACCUGUAACUUUCAACGAAACUCCCGAGAUUCUACGGAAACCUGCGGCGGCAGAGCCAGCAAAGUCAGCAACAUGGGAGACCCCUUAUCCUAAAAUACUGCAGGAUGGCGCUGUUGAAAAUUUCAGACCACAGGAGGUUCAUGAGAAAGUCACCUACGCUGAGCCUCUGUCGCCUCCUAAUGAGCAGGAGGCUUUUGCUCCAACGACAUCAGGGACCAAAGAAGGUGAAGAUGAUGAAACUCGAGAUGAAACAGUUAUGGAGUCAGUUGUUGGUUAUGAGGUCAAGUCCGGCCACAGCAGCGAGCCAGCCUUCAAUGAAAUUAGCCACCACCAGUUUACAUCACCCAACCUUACACCACACCACAUCAACGUGACAGAGCGGCCCUGUGUUUUCCCGGAUCAAUCUGAUAAUGAUGUGUCUAUUGACGGCGCUGCUGAAAAGGAAGACGUGCAACAGCCAAGUGCUCCGAUUGAUGCGCUGGCAAGUGAAGAGUGUGCAGGCGAAGCAGCAGAGCACGCCCGAGUGGAGAGCUCAGAUUCUGAAACAGAGGCAGUGCUCGAACCAACCUUUGGAUCCAGGACGAGCAGUCCAGUGUCCGAAUGUGAGAAUGCAGAAAGUGUGUUCAACCAAUUUACAGAUUUCAGCCGAGAUGAAAACGGCUCAAAUGAAGAUGCAGUUGAGAUAACACCAGAAUUAAACUCUUCUAUGGUAGGAACAAAUGAGACAGAUGUUGAGGAGAAGUUGUACCCUGAUGGAGAGGAGAUGGAUACGUGGGAUAGUGUAAUUGAAAGGAAGGUUGAGCUGAAGACCGACGAUGGCAUCGAAGAAGAAGCAAAAAGACAACAUGCUGAACCCGAGGAAGACAUUUCAGCAAGAGAAGUGGAGCAUGAAAAGAGAGAAAUUAGCCACGACAAUGUGGCCUCCUCAGUGAUGGACACACAAGUUGAUGAUGACGGAGAGAGAUCUGCAUUAUACCAAGAGAACGUACCGCCUCCUGACAAUGAAGAAGAAGAAGAUGAUGAUGAUGAUGAAGAGGAGGACUCUCAAAAUGUCUGUGUGUCAUGGAGGACCGAGUUGGAGAGCGACAGCUAUGCUCAGGACAACACCCUCGCUGACACUCGUCCUCUGAUCCGAUACAAAAGCGACGAGACCGACGCCAACACUCAGGCAUCGCACAUGGAGGAGAGUGAGUCCAGCGAGGGAGACCAGGAAAAGAAGAUGGCAGAGACGGGAAGUGACGUGUGGAGCGAAGGCAAGUCAAAGAAAUUUGGAACCAUGGAAGAUCUGUGCGAGGAAGUUGAAGCAGAAGUACUGGAUGACGAAUUUGACCUGGGAUAUGCUCAAAUUGAGGACAGGGUCAUUGGCCAGAGUGUGACUGUGAGUGAGCAUGCUACGCCGAUGAACGAGGAAGAAAUAGCAGAAGAAAUGAUCAAGAAAGUCAGUAAUGGAUAUUCAGACGAAGAGACCGAAGAACUGACCGAACCCGCGGCACCCGCAGACGUAGACUACGGUGAGGAGUUGGACACGGACAGACUUGUGGAGCAGGAACUGGAGAACCUAUCCACACACAGCUACAGUGCUCGCUUCGCGCAGCAGCAGCAGGUGGGUGAGAGCGAGUCUGCCGAGGAAACGACAGAGCAAGAAGAGGCCGGACGAAUAAAAACAGAAGACAAGUCUUUCUGUGCAGAGUCUGGACUGUGGGAAAACGGCAAACUUGUAUCUUCCUCUGGAACAAUAGAUCAGCCUCAUGAGAACUGGUAUUUCAGUAACUCAUCAGUGGUAAUGACUCACACAGACACUCUCGCUUAUAAGAAGGUCCAGCAAGAGAAAAGAGAGGAAGUGGAUGAACACAAUGUCUCCACGGUGACGCAUGCUGAUGUAACAGAAGAUUGCUCCGGCAUGAGUGAUGUCCCCAGCAGGCCUGAUAUGGAGGAAAUCGACAACUCGCAGGAACCGAACUCCGCGUGGCAAGAAAACACGCAGGAUGUGGCCGCCCCCGCCGAGGUGGUAAACGUCGUACCCGAAGAGACAGCCGACUCUCAGGAACAUCCCACUGAGGAGGCUGUAGACUGUCAGGCAUUUCCUGAUGCUCCGGAAACAGCUGAAUGGGAAGUCCUGGAGAACCCAAGUGAAGAAUUUGAAAUCGGAGAUCAAAUUGAACAUGAUCCAAAAUGUGAUAACGCGCCUGACUCGGCUGAAACCUGCCUCCAUGAUGACGGAGGCUCUGAUGAAGGUGUCAUGAUGUGUGGGAAAGAGGAAACCCUUGAGAUUUCACCUGACAGUGCACCUGAUGAAAACGAUAUCUUCGCGGUGAAGGACUCUGGUAUAAAGAAUGAUUUCUGGGUGUCCUCCCUAGAGACCGGCGCCGCCUAUCAACCAGAUGACGCGUGUAACGAAGCAGCCGAACAGACCAAUCAAGAUCUAGGUUUUGGCGACAACCUAGUUUGGGGGAAUUCAGACGACUCGAAUGUGGUUAAUGGGAACACCAGGGUGGACACUGACCCGUCUAAAGCCCUGGCUGCUAAAGCGGAGCAGGCACAGAUGCGUUCCGAGGUGAAGCAGCUGUUGUGUAGAAAUGUCGUAGACGGGGAGUUGGUCCACUCCGAGGAGUCUGACGUCGAGGGUGAAUCCUGGUCGUCCGGGGAGGAAACGGUAUAAAAAGUUGAGACCAGUUUUAGAUAAACCACUUUUAGACCUUUUCAGUGUUAGUCUGAGGAAACUUCUGUUUUCCAUAGAAAUGCAUUUACUACCAAAACCAAAGUCGUGCCUUGGUGCGCACCUCAACGACACGAACCACCAAUGUGCCAAUUCUAUCUGUAAGGACACUGAGCUCUCGCCUUGUUUUCUUAAAGUGACACAUUUGACUAACCUUUCUUUCUGUCUUCCUCCUAAUUGUUCAGCCCUUUUUCAGUGUGCAUGUGGGAGAGGGUUGGGAGUUUGUUGCAUGCAGGAACAGCAUGGGGAGAGAACAAAGAAUGUCAUUUGAAAGUCAAAGCGUUUAUUGAUUGCUGUCUAAUCUGAUUUUACUGACUGAUGGGAAUCAAUGAGACCAGAGGGGUAGAAUUCCUUGUAGAGUGUUUCUGCUAGUGAGUUAUCUCAUUUCACUGGACAACAGCUGACUCACCUCUGCAUGUUUUACAUGUGACACAAUGAAUGAAUGGUUUAUAUUCAAAAUGACCGACUUAAAGAAGCAAAUGUUUUUGUUUCUGUUUGAUUGAUCUGAAGACGGAGGAGAGAAGAAAAGUAAAUCGGUUUCACUUUUUAUUUCUGUCCUUAAAGUUUUUCCUGCGGUACAAUUACAGUCCAAAAUAAACUGUAGAUUACGUAAUA